AUGGGUGAAGCCAACCUUAACUGGGUCAGUGAGCUUCAACUGCAGCGUUUAGAGGAAAUGCUGAUUGUUGUUGAUGAAAAUGACAAGGUUAUUGGUGCAGAUACCAAGAGGAACUGCCAUCUUAAUGAAAACAUUGAGAAAGGACUGUUGCACCGAGCCUUCAGCGUUGUCUUGUUCAACACGGAGAAUAAACUCCUGGUACAGCAGAGAUCAGAUACCAAAGUGACUUUUCCUGGGUAUUUCACUGACUCCUGCUCUAGUCACCCCCUGUGCAAUCCCGCAGAACUGGAAGAAAGAGAUGCCUUGGGAGUGAGGAGGGCGGCUGUGAGACGCCUGCAGGCUGAGCUGGGAAUCCCCCUGGAGCAGAUUUCUCUGGAGGAUGUUGUAUUUAUGACGAUAUACCAUUACAAGGCCAAAUCAGACAGGAUUUGGGGAGAACAUGAAAUUUGUUAUCUUUUGCUUGUGAGAAAGAAUGUGACCGUAAAUCCAGAUCCCAGUGAGAUAAGAAGCUUCCGUUACCUGACGCAGGGGGAACUGGAAGACCUCCUGGAGAGAGGAGCCCGGGGAGAAGUGAAGGUCACCCCGUGGCUGAGAACCAUCGCAGAGAAGUUUCUGUACAAGUGGUGGCCUCACCUGGACACCGUGGCCCAGUUUGUGGAGCAUCACAAGAUCCACAGAGUGUGA